CCUACAUCUGAAAAGAAAAUAAAUCCUUCCCUUGUCUUGCCCUUUUGUUGUUAUGACUACGAGGUCGUAAAUCCGCCAUGUUUUCCCUCUAGUAGCGUUGCGACAGAGACGGAGAACUCAAACGACAUGAAUGUAGAAAAUAAUAAUACGGCAGAAACAGUGAGCGAGAAAACGGAUCACGGCAACAACAUCGUCACAAUUCAAACAACUCUCGGAGAUGAAGAUGAAGAUGUCCACAAGUGCGGACGCUGUCAGUCCGAGUUUUGUACGCUGGAGGCAUUCAUCCGGCACAAGCUGCACCAGAACUGCACGCGGGCACAGGAACCACAGAUGCCCGUCAAUAAACCCCGGGAUGACAACCAAGAGGUUUCUGCCCCAGAUGGAACCUCUGCUACCUUGGCAAGAAUGGAUGCAAGUGGACUGUCUUCAGAUGAACCAGACAAGUCCAACAACAACGGUGAUGUAGUAGUUGAAGGUCACUCCUGUCGAAGUCACAGGAAGAGAGGUGGAACAGGGAAGGCUACUGGUCACACAGAGGGGACUGAGGACCACAGCCCUGACGGUGCAGACAAACCAGUCUACAGGGUCAACAAAGAUGGACGCUACAUUUGCCAAACAUGUGAGAAGACAUUCAAAACGACAAACAUCCUGAGAACACAUAUGAUCACCCACAGUGAGAAUAAGAAUUUCCCCUGCGAGCACUGUGGGAGUGCCUUCCGCACUAAAGGCUCCCUGAUUCGUCACAACCGCCGUCACACAGACGAGCGGCCGUACCGCUGUAACCUGUGUGGGCUCUCCUUCAGGGAGUCAGGGGCUCUGACCAGACAUCUCAAGUCCAUCACCCCCUGCACUGAGAAGAUCCGCUUCAACCAGUACAAGGAGAUCCUCGUCAGCAAGGACGGACAGCAGAAAGGAGUGGAGGCAGAGGCCGCCUCAUUGGCUGCUCAGCAAGAAGUGGACCAGCAGGAGGAAGAGGAAGCGCAGGCGGCGUUGGUCAGCGUGGUGGAGGCUGACAGUGGAGGACAGGAAGUCAUCCACGAGGUCCACUUCCACAUGGAGGUGGAGGGAGAAGGGCAGGAACAGCAGCUUCUAUUGGAGCAGUCUCAGGCAGAGGCCCUGGUGGCCGAGGGGGACAACCUCAUCUGCCAGGCCAUCAUAAACUCUGGCAUCGCCCUGGAGGCGCUCACUGAGACUGAGGAGGUGGAGUCAGUUGAGGAGCAGGCACUGGACGGGAUGCCUGAAGAGGUCCUGCAGGACAGGGACGUGGAGGGCAGGGUGACGGAGAUCCAGGUGAUGGAGGAGUGUGUGGAGAUGGAGGCUGAGGAGAUGGGGGACAUGUCUGACAAGCAGGAGGAUCUGCCGCCGUCUAAAAUGCACAAGUGUCCUCACUGUAGUCGCUCCUUUAAGGCGCUCAACUACCUCCGCUUCCAUGUCAAAGGUCACUUCGGCUACAAGCCCUUCAAGUGUGUGAUGUGUCUGAAGGAGUUCCUGACAGGCUACCUGUUGAAGAAGCACAUGGAGGUCCACCGGAGUGAGAGGAGGUACAAGUGUGGCGAGUGCGGCAAGCUCUACAAGACCAUCGGACACGUCCGUGAACACAUGAGGGCCCACUCAGAGGAACGGCCGUACAACUGCAACAGCUGUGACAAGGGAUACAAGACCAAGAAUGCCUUGCAGGUGCACCAGCGGACGCACGCCCAGGAGAAGCCAUAUGUGUGCCAGUUCUGCUCGCGGGGCUUCAGGGAGAAGGGCUCUCUGGUGCGCCACAUCCGCCAUCACACCGGAGAGAAGCCGUUCAAGUGUCACAAGUGUGGGCGGGGCUUCGCCGAGCAUGGCACUCUCAACCGCCACUUACGUGCCAAAGGGGGCUGUUAUGUGGGCCAGAAGGAGGGGUCUGGGGAGGAAGGCGUGGUGGUCUCAGAGGAGCAGGCGUCUGCAGACAGCCUGGCCACAGCAGCCAUCAUGUCAGACGACCCCCACGCCGUGCUGGUGGAGUUCUCCUCUGUGGUGGCUGACACCCAGGAGUACAUCAUUAGGGCCCAAGGAGAGGAGGAGGAGGAGGAGGAGGAGGAGGAGGAGGGGCAGGGCGAGGAGGUGACUCUCAUCCAAGACAACCAGAAUCAGAUGGGCAACCACAUCAUGAAGGUGGUGCAGCAGAUCGUCAACCAAUCGCGUGGCAGCGUCGGCGGCCACCAAAUCAUUGUGCGCAACGUCUCCAUGGACGAGGGCACAUCCAUCUCCGACUGCGGCGACACCAUCACCAUAGCGACGCCCGAGAACCUGACCGCGCAGGUUGCCAUGACGCUGGCCUCAGCCAUCAGCGACGGAACCCUUCUGGCGGGAGGCGGCGCCCUGGAGACGCCCGAUGGCACGGUCACCAUGGUAACGACAACGGGGGGCGAGGACAUGGUCGAGGUGAUGGAGCACCAGGAGGAAGAGUUUGUUAUUACGUCAUCGGAGGAGGUGGAGAUCCAGACAGUCAUCAUAUGAGGACUUUGUGUUAUGAGGACAGUGUGUUAUGAAGAGUGUCUUAUGAAAACUCAGGACUUUGGGUGAGUUAUGAGGAUGGUGUGUCUUAUGAGGACCGAAUGUCUUAUGAAGAGUUUCUAAUGAGAACUCAGGAAUUUGAAUGAGAACGUUGGUCUAUGUUUGAGGAGUUACGUUGUAUAAUGUCUGUUCUGUCUGCUUUUGAAUGAGGACGAAGCACUUGAGUUUUUGUGAAGACCAAGGACGGUGUGCAUGAGGACUGUCAUUGUAUAAGGUUGAAAGAUUCUGUUUGCAUAAAGUUUGACAUUUUAUUGGACGGCAUUACAGUAGAUUUCUAUUGGGUAAGGAUUGCAAUCAUUUAUAGGAAGGGUAUUGUCUUAUGUCACUGAAGUAAGGAGGACUGAAGUGUUAGUUUUACUUGGACAGGAGUGGAGUUGCCUUCAUUUUGGUACAUUUUCUUAACUGUAAUGUCAUUGCUUGUCAACACUGAGCAACCAAUCACACGGUACAACAGUAGGCUUAUAGCUAGGUCACAGGAGCUCAAGUACUUACAUUUGCCUUGAUUGUCUCCAAAUCCCUAGAAUUGUCACUGUUUCUGUUACACUUAGACGUUACACUAGGAAAUAUCAACUUUAGAAAAUGCCCCCCCCCCCUUCCUUAAAACAAUUAUACUACCUAAAGACUCUGGAGUUGUUUACCUUUGACAGAUUCAUGAUAAAAUAUUAUGUUAUGCUUGACCAUAGACCAUAGAAAUGCUUUAGUGAUUGAUUGUGAGAGUCUGAUGUGGGUUGUAUUCAUUAGGGCACACCAUAUUAAAACGUUUGGCAACGGAAAAACAAAAUGAGCAUUUCUUAUUAGACAAUGUCUACUCUUUGUUGCCUAAUGAAUAUGACCGUGAUCUGAUACUGUUGGACUGUACUUCUGAGGUGUGUCUCCAUACAGGCCCAGUGCUAUUCUGAGGAGGUCAAUUACAUACCAUCCUUACAGCAGGACAACUAGGCCAACCAGGAGAUGGACCGACAGACUGACACCUCAUACUACUGCCAAAUUCUGUGAUCUAUUACCUGACUGGCUCAGUUUGGGUGGAAUGAAUAAACUCUGUACUUCAUCUUUGAGAAUUGAGUUUCUGCAGAAGACUAAAAGGAAUUUAUUUCAGUCUUGGGGAUGUGUAAAAUGUGCUUGUAAGAAGGAAUGGAUUAAUGUUUGAAUGAUUCCUGUGUACAGUAUACCUGACUGAAAAUCUGAUUUUAGUAGUGAUCGGAUGAUUCAUUUAUUGAUAGAUUGAUUGAGUCUGGUGUUUACAGUUGCCAUAGGCAACCAAGCAGCUCUCAGUGGGCCCCAGAUGGAGGAGUGGAAUCAUCAGCCUGGCAGAUUCAGGACAAAGCAGCCUUGCUGCUCACCUUGCCCGUGGUGGUUGUUCCCUUCUGUCUCCUCUUACUCUCACUCUUCUCAUGUUACUACUUUUUUUCUUUUCACUCUUUUUUUACUCUCAUGCCUGCUUUCUCUCUCAUUCUUCUCAGGACUGUCAGAAUGAAGACAUACCUUUUCACCCCCCCUGUUUUUUUUGCACACCUGUCCUUACUCUGAUAGAUUCCUCUGAAGUAUCAUAGAUGCAAUGGGAUCAGGCUACUUGACAUGAAUAAAACUAAUAAUCAUUA